UCGUAAACACGGUGGUUUCAUGCGCGACAUCCUUAAACCGGACAGGCGAACAAAGAGCUAUGUGGGCUGUGUUAUCUUGUCAUAAGAAGUUGCUUAAGCCCAUUGUGAAUUAUGAUGCGGCCUUUGUUGCGGGUAAUUUCGCCCAUUUCUAUUAUCCAGCUGCCGUCAACGAGAACCAGCCAAACAAAGGCUAGUCCCCUAUUAUCAGCACUGGAAAAUAAAAUCUAUGAUAUGAUUCGGAUGAAAAAAGAAACGAUGUCUUGGACCGACCUGCGAGAGAACGAAUUUCCUCGCCUUGUCAAGGAGCUAUUGAUAAAUACAAGUUGUCGUCCUUCCCCUAGCAUCAUCGGGGCUCAAUCUUUUACAAACUUGGUAAUCAGGGCACUUGCAAAGAAUGGCCAAUCAGCACUGCUUUCCGAAUUUGUGCAGGAACACGGUAUAGAAAGAUUAUCUGUCAACCAACUUGCAUUUUACAUUGGGCAUUGUAAUAAAACUGAAGAAAUUGUAAAGACCUGGCAUUAUCUCAAAGGACGAAACGGCACUCUGUUUGAUGCAGCUUCUACUACGCAUCUUAUUGAAGGCUUGUGCCAAACGAGCCACUGGAGGGAAGUUGUUCCGCUAAUUAAUAAUUUGACCGAGAUCGAAGGAACGCCAAUCAACGCUCUUAGGCGUUUUAUAAGGAAAUUGUUCGAAGUGGGAGAAAUUGAUGAAGCACUAAAAUGGUUCUACGAGCUGUACACGAGAAACCCAGGGGCGCCGGGACGUGAGUGCGAACCAGCUCUUGCGAAAUUAGACAGUGCAUGUCGUAUUUUCGAAAUGGCCGCUAGCAUGUACUUACAGUUUGACAAAGAUUUUUUUCUUAGUCCAGCAUGGGAACCAUUAUUUGAUGUCAAGCUCACCUCGAUUACAUAUCCCUCGAGGUGCCCUAAAUGCAAAACUAGGUUGCUGCCACCACAGGAAAUCCGCAACGACGAUUUGCAAAAGCUUCGUAAGGCCGUGAAAACGCAACUUAUAAAACAAGGUGAUAACCUAUUUGAAACAACGACACCAGCUGAACUUGCUCAUUUUGAAGAAUUUAUGGGACGACACGGCCCCUUCGACGUUGUAUUAGACGGACUAAACAUCGGCUAUAGGUUUGGCGAGAAGGCGCUCGCAGUGGAAGCACGACGCCUUGCAACACAGGAGAAAAAGCGCGUACUUGUAAUGGGACGUCGGCAUAUGAACCGCUGGCCAGCCGUGAAGAAUCUGCCUCGUGGUGUCUUAUUGUACACGAUGGAGAACAUUAGCAAUGAUGAUCCGUUUAUGUUUUUGGCAUGUCUAUACAGCAACGUUCACUGUACAAUAGUGAGUUCAGACCACUUUCGGGAUCAUAAGUUUAAACUUAGCCCCAGAUACAAGAACGAGAAGGACAACUGCGCAGCUGUUAUCGAGAUUACUCGAUUAUUCACACGUUGGUUGAACACCCGACAUAGACAAGUGGGCCAGCCGCCCCUGAAGCAUGACAUGGUGGCCCAAAAGGACCCCGGAGGUUGGCAUCUUCCCAUACUUAAGAAUGCGGAAGGAAUUCAAGGCCAACUUCAACCUAAUCUCUGGGCUUGUGUGCGAUACAAAAGAUCUUAAUUAUAUUUCGCACUGUUCAUGUGAAAAAUAAUCUGGAUAAGCUUAUAUAAUUUAUAUUAAACUGGAUAUAUAUAUAAAGUGUUCUACUGUUUUGAAAUAAAUUUUAAAUUUAGCUCUGACGGUAUAUGUAUUUACAAUAUUUUACUGUAUAAAUCAUGGUGUAGAUAUAAAAACGAGUAUACAAACGAAUAUUAAAAAAAUAAAUAUAGAUCUUAAAGUACACAAUUAUUAACCCAGUAUACAUUGCAUUACGCUUGCAAAUUUUGCUCAGCCGAUUCUAUUUAUAUUUAUAUAUCAGUAAUAAUAACCAAUAACUAUUAUUACCAUUUAUUAAGAAAUCUUAUAGGAAUAAUAUGUACCUGUAUCUUAAUAAUAAUCUACUGUUGAUCUGUACUACUAUCCCAAUACCCAGAGUGGUGCUAACACCGUCCUGGAUUACCUCCUGGUAAUUCAAGGUGAAUAUGUUGCCUCACCAAAGUUGUUCAUCUUGGCUUGAAGUCACUUCCUUAGUUUCGCUUAUUCCCUAAUUCUUCGGCCGAAUUAUGGGAAAUGAACUCAAGUACACACUUAUUAUAAAAGCUUAUUAUUAUUAAUAUAUAU